AUCUAUGUGUCCUAAUAAACUAAUUGCCACUGAAGGCGAAUACAAAUAUUAUUUAGCAAAAUUAAUCUAAUAAUAGUAGUCACUUGGACUGAAACAAUUAAAUUCAAAUAUACCUUAAUCAAUUGAAAUAUCAGGCAAAUAUCCUAAAAAUAGUUUACUUAAUAAAUUUACGAAUACACUCUGGUGAAAUUCCAUCAUCAAAAUAUCCAACAGGACAUUUACAAUCUGGUGCAUUCAUUCUUAUACCUGCACAAAUUAAACAAUAAUUUGGAUUUGCUACAUCACAAUCUAAACAUGUAGGAUGACAUUUAGGUAUGCAUUCUUAACGUUAUUAAUUUAACACAUAAUAUGAUGGACAUGAUAAUACACAUUAGCCUUAAAAUAAAUAAUAG